CCACCGCACAGCUGACCUCGCUGCCGCCAACCUGUUCGGUCCCCACCCGCAUCUUACCGCAUCAUCCCCCUAUUUGAUCCUGCGUCGCGCCCCAAUUGCGACACGCACGACACGCCUCGCCGCCAAGACCCACGAUACCCUGCUGCGGCUGCGAGCGUGACACCUGGUCACCUCGGAAUGGCAGGCUUCCUCCGCUCCUAUUACUUCCCCAGAUAGCGCCUGCUCCCCGCCAUCGCCGUCGCCAUCGUCACCCCAUACUCUCCCACGCCCGCUCCGGCCAUUAUUGCACAUAUACGGUUCCGUCGGCCCGCCAAUCACCCUGUUCGCGAUACUCGCGUCUCGGCCACCCGCAUCGCAGCACUUAGAGCCCGCGUUGCUCUGCUCACAGAGCCAUGGCUCCCAAACGCCCGCCGCCUUUAUCACCUCCGCCGUUCGCAUCUCCGCCCUCGUCCCCACAGCCGCCCAUGCGCCAGGCUCCGAGCCUCGACGGCACCGUCGCCGCACACCCCAAAGUCGUGUCCUUCCGCCGCAGCUCCUCGCCGCCCGUCGAAGAGGUCAUAAACGAGCAGUCACCGCUGAUCCGGCCGAGGACGUCGAAUGAGAUCGACCCCCUUCUCAAAGUAGUCUCGCCCGCCUGUAGCGACGACUGGCAAGGGGACGAGGAGGAGACAAAGAGCAGCUUCUUCCUGUUCCUGCUGACUCUCGGCGGACUCGGGCUGCAGAUAGGCUGGUCGGUAGAGACCUCGAACGGAUCGCCAUAUCUAUUAUCCCUCGGUCUCAGUAAAUCGCUCCUCGCGCUGGUAUGGAUCGCGGGCCCUCUGUCGGGCGCACUCGUCCAGCCCUAUGUCGGUCUGAAAAGCGAUAACUGUCGCAUACGAUGGGGCAGGAGGCGUCCCUUCAUCAUCGGAGGAGCAGUAGCAACGAUACUCUCGCUCAUGGUACUAGCGUGGGCUAGCGAGAUUGUCGGAGGCUUUCUUAGUAUAUUUGGCGCUGAUAAGGAGUCAAAAGGUGUAAGAACGAGCAUUGUGCUAUUUGCCGUUCUGUUCGUUUACGUGCUGGAUUUCGCUAUUAACGUCAUCCAAGCUGCUAUUCGAGCGUACAUUGUAGAUGUCGCGCCGACUCAUCAGCAAGAAUCCGCAAAUGCUUGGAUGAUCAGAGCCUCGGGUAUUGGCAACAUUCUAGGCUACCUCGCAGGAAACGCCAAUCUUCCCAAAUAUUUUCCAUUCUUCGGAGACAGCCAAUUCAAAGUCCUCUGCGCCAUUGCCUCAAUCAUUAUGGCUGUCACGGUCGCCAUCAGCUGCAGCGCUGUCCAUGAACGCGACCCCCGUUUCGAAGGUCCUCCCGAGACACAGGAAGGCCUCGUAGCCUUGUUCAAAUCCCUCGCUCGUUCGGUACGAAAGCUGCCUUCUCAGAUCAAAAGAGUAUGUGAGGUCCAGUUUUUCGCCUGGAUUGGCUGGUUUCCGUUUCUCUUUUACAUUACAACCUACAUCGGCGAAAUCUACGCAGAGCCAUUCUUUGAAGCAAAUCCCAACUUGUCCGAUGACCAAGUCCAAACCAUUUGGGAGGAGGCUACGAGAGUCGGUACUAGAGCAUUACUGGUUUUCGCUGUAACCACCUUUGCAGCAUCCAUCGUCCUGCCCUUCAUUAUCCCGCCAACCUACGAGGCACCGCGGCAGCAACCGGCCACUCCUCUGACGCCUACCACGCCGCGCUCCAUGACAGGCUCGGGAUAUUUCUCCCUCAAAGACCCAGGGAGACGCAAGUCUAAAACCCUUUCAGGCCGAUUCUACCGCUACCUCGAUGCAUUGCAGAUCAAGAGCCUCACGCUACGCCGGUCAUGGAUGCUAUCACACGUCAUGUUCGCGGCGCUUAUGGCGCUCACGUUCUUUGUGCACACUACGCUAGGGGCCACUAUUCUUGUCGGUCUGAUCGGUAUUCCUUGGGCCCUCACCAAUUGGGCGCCAUUUGCACUUAUUUCCUCCGAGAUUUCUAAACGGGAUGCGAUACGCCGAGGGUUACUUAAUCCAAAUCCGCGUGAUCGAGAAGCAGCACUCGUAGCCGCAGGCGAGGAUGAAGCGGGAGAAUCAGGCGCUGAUCAGGCUGGUGUGGUAUUGGGCAUUCACAACGUUGCCAUUGCCGCCCCGCAAGUCAUUGCUACGCUUGUUAGUUCCGCUAUCUUCAGGUUACUGCAGAAGCCGAGAGGGACGCCCGGGGAUGACAGCGUCGCUUGGGUGCUACGAUUUGGCGGCUGCUGUGCUGUAGUCGCUGCAUGGCUUACGCUUAGAGUCGGAGAAGAGAAAGAGGACGAGGAAGAGGUAAUCGAGAGGCACAGGCGUGCCUCUUAGGCGGAGAAUCACGGAGAGUUUUAGGCAGAAGUGGUCAGAGGGCUGGAGUGCAGAGGUGUUUGCAUUGUUUACGCGCCUGUACGGAUACAUUCGGGUUUCGCGCGGACCUGGCAGAUUCGGUGUUCGGCUUGGGUUAUGAGAUCGGGAUGCUUCGCGGCACACACAUACCACGGUAAAGCGAGCUAGCUGGUUAGGUUUUGGACCAGGAUCAUAGCGUGCGAGCGUUUGGGAAUGCUCUGGAGUUCUUCGGGGUAGGUUGGAUAUGCGAGCGUAGAAUCGCUGCAUUGCACUAUGAGCCAUGAAAAUUCUUCUGAUACCUUGCGUUAGGGAG